GCCUAACCAAUUUAAUUGAGGGAGGAAAGUCGGCAUUUGGAAAAUCAAGUACGUCCUUGUGAAACUGCUUUGCAGGUGUUUGAGCAGCUUUUUAAUGGAGAUUUAAGCCAAUGAAUCUCUUCUUCAAGGGAUUCAUAUCCUUCCAAGAUGGGAAUAAUGGGUAGUUUCUUCAAGUUUUCAGGGCACUGCUUUGAUGUUCUUGCAUGGCCCCUCUUUGCUCUGGUCUAUCCCUUGUAUGCUUCCAUUCAAGCAAUUGAGACUAAUUCCAUCUCCGAUACCCAGAAGCUGAUUUCUUAUUGGGUCUGCUUUUCAUUGAUUUUGCUGUUUGAAAAUGCUUUUUCUGAGUUACUUGAAUGCUUACCAUGGUGGACUUACAUUAAGGUUCUUAUUGUUGGCUGCUUGGUUACUCCUCACUUUGAGGGUUCUCUUUAUGUCUAUAAACACAUUGUUCAUCCAUGUCUCUCUAUCGACCUACACGUGCUCCUCAACGAAUUGGUCAACCUGAUGGUGGUCCUCAAGCAGGAGAAAGUUCUAGCAGAGGCGAAGAAUGCAAAGGCUACUGCAGGUGAAGCUUUGCAGAAUCUUACUGCUCUCAAGCCAGAGUUUGAAGAGUCUAAAGGUGUGCAGAAAGACAUUAGUUCAGUGGAAAUGACAGAGAAUCAAAAGUUGGCAUUAACUAAACAGCCAGAGUUUGAAGAGUCUAAAGGUGUGCAGAAAGACAUUAGUUCAGUGGAAAUGACAGAGAAUCAAAAAUUGGCAUUAACUAAACAGCCAGAGUUUGAAGUCUCUAAAGUUGUGCAGAAAGACAUUAGUUCAAUGGAAAUAACAAAGAGUCAAGAAUCAGCAUUAACUAAACAGUUGCAGUUUGGACAACUGGAACCUGACUUCACUCCGUCAGGAAACAGAACGACUGCUCCACUGGAUUUCACAGGAACGACACCUACAUGGUUUGCAGCUAGAGGUCUUCCUGAUGUAUUAUUACCAUCUAACAACGUCCAAAACGAGUGGACUUGUGCUGUAUGUCAGGUUACAACCCCAAGCGAGGCAGACCUUAUUUCCCAUCUUCACGGAAGGCGACACGAGUCUGCUUGUGAGAAGCUGAAAGCCUACAACCAAACAUCCAAAAGCAAGGUUUCCUCAGCUUCAGCUAUGGAAAAUGCAAAUGCUGCAGAAAGUAGAGGAAACUCACCUGAUACUAAGCAAACCCACAAGCCAUGGACUUGUGCUACAUGUCAUGUAACAACGACAAAUAAAGCAGAUCUUGUUUCCCAUUUUCAAGGAUCGAGACAUAAGGACGCUUUGGAGAAACUGACAGCGAAAUUUCAGACAUCUGAAAACAAAACUCAUUCUGCUUUAGCAGCAAUAGCUGGAGAUGUUCCUAACAUUCCAUGGACUUGUGCUGUAUGUCAGGUAACAACCACAAGCGAGGCAGACCUUAUUUCCCAUCUUCACGGAAGGCGACAUGAGUCUGCUUGUGAGAAGCUGAAAGCCUACAACCAAACAUCGAAAAGAAAGGUUUCCUCAGCUUCAGCUAUGGAAAAUGCAAAUGCUGCAGAAAGUAGAGGCAACUCACCUGAUACUAAGCAAACCCACAAGCCAUGGACUUGUGCUACAUGUCAUGUAACAACCACAAAUAAAGCAGAUCUUGUUUCCCAUUUUCAAGGAUUGCGACAUGAGGACGCUUUGGAGAAACUGAAAGCGAAAUUUCAGACAUCUGAAGACAAAACUAAUUCUGCUUUAGCUGCAAUAGCUGGUAGAGAUGUUCCUAACAUUCCAUGGACUUGUGCUGUAUGUCAGCUAAAAAUCACAAAUUUGGCAAGCCUUGUUUCGCAUCUCGAAGGAAGGCGACAUGAGGAUGCUUGCAAUAGCUAUCAAGCCAAGAUCAAGAGUAUAAAAUCAUGGUGGUGUACCAUCUGUAAUAUAAGCUGCAGCAGUGAAGGAAACAUGAAAUCUCACCUUAUGGGGAGCAAGCACUUGACCAAUGCUCGAGCUCAACAGCAGACUUGAUUCAUGACACUGGUGCAUGGAGAAAUUUUACAGUACAACUGUGUUGUAUAAUAUAAUUUUUCCGGUGCAUGUAGACUAUAUAUUUGUGUGUAGGAAGACCUAGCUAUGGAUUUGUGAGCUCUUAUAUAAGACUUUGAUCAACUACCCAGAAUUUGGCUCUGAAUCGUAAUCUGUAUCCUAGAACUCCAUUUCUGGUUGUAUUUAUAAAAAUUCAGGGCACCCUACCUGAUCUUUGAACUCGUUUAAUAUAUUAACAUCUAAAUUCAUUU